UGGUCCCGGCCCUGCUCCUGCUCCCGGCCCCGCUCCCGGUCCCAGCGGCGGCGCGGAGCGGGCGCGGAGCGGUGGCAUGCGGCGCGGAGACAUGCGGCUCUGCCUGUCGACAUGGACAUGGACCGCCGCCGCCCGCCGCCGCUGCUCCUGCUGCUCCUGCUGCUGCUGCUACUUCGUGCUGCCCGCGGCGCUGCCGCGCGUCUGAGCGCCCGCCCCGGCAACGAAGUUAAUCUUCUGGAUUCAAAAACAAUUCAAGGGGAGCUGGGCUGGAUCUCCUACCCAUCACAUGGGUGGGAAGAGAUUAGUGGUGUUGAUGAGCAUUAUACCCCGAUCAGAACUUACCAAGUGUGCAAUGUUAUGGAUCACAGUCAGAACAAUUGGCUGCGAACAAACUGGAUUCCACGCAACUCAGCUCAGAAGAUCUAUGUGGAGCUCAAGUUCACCUUGAGGGACUGCAAUAGCAUUCCUCUAGUCCUGGGCACUUGCAAGGAGACCUUCAAUCUGUACUAUAUGGAAUCUGAUGAUGACCACUCGGUCAAGUUCAAGGAGCACCAGUUUACAAAGAUCGACACCAUCGCGGCUGAUGAGAGCUUCACCCAGAUGGACCUCGGGGACAGAAUCCUCAAGCUGAACACAGAAGUCCGUGAGGUGGGGCCCAUCAGCAGGAAAGGCUUUUACUUGGCUUUCCAAGAUGUGGGUGCUUGUGUUGCCUUAGUCUCGGUGCGAGUGUACUUCAAAAAGUGCCCUUUCACUGUCAAGAACCUCGCCAUGUUCCCUGACACAGUGCCCAUGGACUCCCAGUCGCUGGUGGAGGUACGGGGAUCUUGUGUCAACCAUUCCAAGGAGGAAGAGCCACCGAAGAUGUAUUGCAGUACAGAAGGAGAAUGGCUAGUGCCCAUAGGGAAGUGCUUGUGUAAUGCUGGCUAUGAAGAAAGAGGCUUUGCGUGCCAAGCUUGUCGACCUGGGUUCUACAAAGCCUCUGCUGGCAAUGUGAAGUGUGCCAAAUGCCCUCCCCACAGCUCUACCUAUGAAGAUGCAUCUCUGAACUGCAGGUGUGAAAAGAAUUACUUUCGCUCUGAGAAAGACCCUCCAUCCAUGGCUUGCACCAGACCACCGUCUGCUCCAAGAAAUGUGAUCUCCAACAUCAAUGAGACAUCUGUUAUCCUGGACUGGAGCUGGCCCCUGGACACUGGAGGUCGGAAAGAUGUCACCUUCAACAUCAUUUGCAAAAAAUGUGGAGGGAACACCAAGAUGUGCGAGCCCUGCAGCGACAAUGUGAGAUUCUUGCCCCGUCAGACUGGGCUCACCAACACCACGGUGACGGUGGUGGACCUUUUGGCACACACCAAUUACACCUUUGAGAUUGAUGCAGUCAACGGGGUGUCUGACUUGAGUACACUUUCCAGACAAUAUGCUGCUGUCAGCGUCACCACUAAUCAGGCUGCUCCGUCCCCCAUCACAGUCAUAAGGAAAGACAGAACAUCCAGGAACAGCGUGUCUCUCUCUUGGCAAGAACCUGAACAUCCAAAUGGGAUCAUCUUGGACUAUGAGGUCAAAUACUAUGAAAAGCAGGAACAAGAGACAAGCUAUACCAUUCUGAGAGCCAAAGGCACCAAUGUUACCAUCAGCGGCCUCAAACCUGAUACCACCUAUGUCUUCCAAAUCCGAGCCCGAACUGCAGCUGGAUAUGGGACAAACAGCCGCAAGUUUGAAUUUGAAACCAGUCCAGAUUCAUUCUCCAUUUCCAGUGAGAACAGCCAGGUGGUAAUGAUUGCCAUUUCAGCAGCAGUAGCCAUUAUUCUACUCACAGUUGUGGUGUACAUCUUGAUUGGGAGAUUCUGUGGAUACAAGAAGUCCAAACAUGGCACUGAUGAGAAAAGACUGCAUUUUGGGAAUGGCCAUUUAAAACUCCCAGGCCUGAGAACUUACGUAGAUCCGCAUACAUAUGAGGAUCCCAAUCAAGCUGUGCAUGAAUUUGCCAAGGAACUGGAUGCUUCUAAUAUAUCCAUUGAUAAAGUAGUUGGAGCAGGGGAAUUUGGAGAAGUGUGCAGUGGACGCCUAAAGCUGCCUUCUAAAAAGGAAAUUUCAGUUGCUAUCAAAACUCUGAAAGUUGGCUACACAGAAAAACAGAGGAGGGACUUCCUGGGGGAAGCAAGUAUCAUGGGACAGUUUGACCACCCCAAUAUCAUCCGACUAGAAGGAGUCGUCACUAAAAGUAAACCAGUCAUGAUUGUUACUGAAUAUAUGGAAAAUGGUUCCUUGGACAGCUUCCUACGGAAACAUGAUGCCCAGUUCACAGUCAUCCAGCUAGUGGGCAUGCUUCGAGGCAUCGCAUCUGGCAUGAAAUAUUUGUCCGACAUGGGUUAUGUCCAUCGAGAUUUAGCUGCUCGUAAUAUCCUCAUCAAUAGUAACCUAGUGUGCAAAGUCUCAGAUUUUGGUCUCUCUCGUGUGCUGGAAGAUGACCCAGAAGCUGCUUACACCACAAGGGGGGGCAAGAUUCCCAUCCGAUGGACAUCCCCAGAAGCCAUUGCCUAUCGGAAGUUCACAUCAGCCAGUGAUGCCUGGAGCUAUGGGAUUGUUCUCUGGGAGGUGAUGUCUUAUGGAGAGAGACCAUACUGGGAGAUGUCCAACCAAGAUGUGAUUAAGGCUGUGGAUGAAGGGUACCGCCUGCCACCUCCCAUGGACUGCCCAGCUGCCUUGUAUCAGCUUAUGCUGGACUGCUGGCAGAAAGACAGGAACAACAGACCCAAGUUUGAGCAGAUUGUCAGCAUCCUGGACAAGCUGAUCCGUAAUCCCAGCAGUCUGAAAAUAAUCACCAACGCGGCAGCAAGGCCAUCAAAUCUUCUCCUGGACCAAAGCAAUAUUGACAUUUCAGCCUUCCGUACGACGGGGGAUUGGCUCAAUGGUUUUCGGACAGGGCAGUGCAAGGACAUUUUCACGGGGGUGGAGUACAGUUCCUGUGACACAAUAGCCAAGAUUUCUACAGAUGAUGUGAAGAAAGUUGGAGUUACAGUUGUGGGGCCUCAAAAGAAGGUCGUUAGCAGUAUCAAAGCUCUAGAAACUCACACAAAGAACAGCCCUGUUCCUGUGUAAGGUACCAAAAUGAUGUUGCUCAGGAGAGAAAAACAGAGAAAAGUUGCAUCACUGGUCAAAAGUGAUGGCUGAUAAACGGCAGAAUUUAAAGGAGCUCUUUGCAACAGCUUUGGAAACGUAAUGGUUGAGAUUUCAAACCCACUGAGACACUCAAGUAUUGAGUAUAAAUGCCUUAAAAAUAGGAGCAAACUCGUUUUCUGUCUGUCAAUCCUAAAGGGUGGGUGCUCUUGACUGACUGUUAAUGCAGACGACAAUUUCAAAAGAAAAAAAUUGUUAAAAAAUUCUACCAAGUAAAAAUCAGUCUUACUAAAACCUAGAGCCAUUUGAAUUUUAAGUGACUGAAUAACACAAAAAGCAAACAUGGACAUAAAAGCUGUGUAUUUGAUCUAUACAGCAAACAAGAAGAAAGAAAGACUUGCAGUAUUUUUAUACAGAAGAGAUCUGUAACAGGUAUUUUAUUUCUUUAGAAGCAAGGAAAAUAGAGGACUAUACCUCACAACCUGCCUGGCCAUAUUUACUAUAAUGUCAUUGUAACAUGCUAUUUCAGCUUCAGGAAGGAACACAGAAAUAAAGUUUGUAGUGACUUUGAGUUAGUUGACAAAAGAUUUUCACCAUUAUGUUACCUUGCCUAACUGUGUUCAUUUAAAUAGAAACAAGUCUUAAUUUUUAAUAGGCUUAUUUAUUUUCUUUGGGUUUUGGUUGGGGUUUUUUUUCCAUUAUUGUUUAUAUUUAUGCUUAAAUACCUUAACCUGGCUGUAUUAUUGCCAAGUGCCAAAUGUUUUCAAAACUUCAUUGGUUCAACCUGAGAAAUUGUCUGAGGGUUAAUUACUAGAUAAUUUUAUACUCAUAAUGCAUGAAAUACAGAAGGAAAGAAAGAUGGUCUUUUUUCCAGCUCUGACAGUAGACAAAGCAUGUGGACUUGUUGGGAUUUCUUCCAUUUACCGUGAGUGGUAUUUUAAGCCAGGCUUGAGUUUUGCCACUUGUGUGUAUCAAUCUCUAGAUCAGUAUCUGCCCCACUCAGGCACAUCUCACUUCCCAAAAGCCUGUUUUCAUGCAUUAAUAAGGACCCUUAUUCUUAGGUUGUAUUCAGGUGUAUCUGCCUAGAAAAUAUAAAAAAAGAGCCAGGAUUGUUGCAUCGUGCAUUAGCUGAUGAUGCUUUUUGAGUUCACUGGGAGAUAUUCCAUCCGGAAGGCUCUGCUCCCAGUUCUGGGAACUAGGAGGUGUUACUACAGCCACGGAGAGUUAUGCUGAGGUGAUGACUUGCAGCCAGGGUGGAGUAGAUUGUUUAAAAGGAUGACUCAAACUGUGAAGUGGGGCUUUGGAUUGUAAUUUUACAUACAUCUGAUCUAGAACACCCCUGUCCACGUGCUGCCAUCCUGUAGGGGACCUGAAUUUUUGGCACAGGCCCCUUGGGCACCUGUUCCUUGAAAGAAAGCAGGAAGGAGCCUGUCUUUAGGAGAGCAUUCACAUCUCUCAGUGGAAAGAGGAAAUUGGGAGGUGGGAUGUGAGAGGCCUCCCCCAUCUUCAGCAUCUUCCACGUAGCUUCCCAACUCCUAAGCUUAGGGAAUAAUUAGUUUCUCGGGUUUGUGGGGCUGAAAUUGUUCUUUCUGGGUCCAGGACUUAUGAAACAUAGAGACACAACAUUUAGCAGACAUUACUAAACAGAAGCAGAAUUAGGGACUUCCUCAUGAGUGCUGGCAGUAAGCAAACUGUAAAGGACUGGAUUUGAAACACGCUCGCAGGAUAAUAAUUAGGAAUACUCUCUGAAAGAAAAAUGAAUAGACUUUAAAGCAAGUUGAAAUUUAAAAAGAAAAAAGAAAAAUGGAAGGAAAUUAAAAUAAAGCAUUUAAGAUGUAAAGAACACUUGAUCUGCCACGAUCUAUGGCGGAAUGCAGCAUGCUGAAGAGAAAAGCUGUGUUUUCCCUUGCUUAGUUCAUUCAGAAUCUUUCUUUUCUUCAGGUUGAGAUUGCUCUGAAUCAGAAACUACCAGUGAAUUUAAGUCACCAAAAUCCAUUUGCAAACCUUAUCUCUGUGAGGACAGCUUUUUUUAACACAUGACAUUUCUCUUCAGCUUCAUUCUGCUGCUGGAGGGUGGGAGCGAGGGGGUGCACCCCCACCACGAGGAGGUGGGAGCUGGUGGGUUGGGGGGGCAGACAUCUGUGAAACACUCCUGAAAACCCAGAACCAGUUCUUAGAGUUUUAGAUGAUGACUGAAAACUUUGCAUCAACCACCCUCAAUUUCCUCCUGUCAUGUAUCAUGUCGUGUUCCUUGCCCACUGUUUAGGCAUGCUCAGCAUAAAGAUUAAAUCUCACUGAUGCUUGGGAGAAAAAAAAAGAGAUUCAAUUUUGCUUUUCUUUGCUGUUAGUAGAGAGUUUUAAAAUAAAUUUAUUUUUUCUCUCCCUGUCAAGAAGUUGAUUUAUACUGUAAGUGGCCUCUGUUGCAAGCAUCCUAUACUCCCUGUCCCUGUGUACAUAUGUAUACAUAGCAGUGUACAAUUCUUCAUUGUGGAGUAGAGAAACUAGAAUUUGUGUGGCCAUCUUCCUGUACAGGACUUGCAUCAUUUAUUGACAUCAAGCAAAAGGCAACUGCUUAUAAAAUGACAUGCCCUAUUAUUGGUUUUGUAUCUUUAAAUAUAGUUUCCAUUUUUAUUUAUUUCUGUUAACAUAUCUAGUUUUUUGUGCUGUAACUUAGCAUUCAAUAAGCAAUGUAUAGAUGUGAUUUGAUUGGCAAUAUGUAUUUACUUUAACUUGUAUUUCAAAGCAUUACUUACUCAUUUAGAUUAUAUAUUGUGCAAUUGUAGAUGGCCUCUUACUAAUGUAAAAUGAUUUGUAGUGGAAACAUUUAUAUUUUUAUAAUAAACAUAAUGAAAGUAUUUUUUACAUACUGGAAUACUGAGAUGAUUGCUUGGAGGACAAAGUAAAUUUAUUUGAUUAGUGUGAUAAAAUUGUAAUUAAAUAUGGAUAAAUUCUGAGUGUUAAAGCAUGGGUUCAGAGUGAAAGCUAGAUAUUACCUAUAUUAUCUAUUAAAAGAAACAAGCAGUGCAGGUUUUAACUAAACAGACCAGCAUUUGUGCUUAACUGACCUUCAAAGACUUUACUUUCUCCAUGGAUACUGAAAAUCAUCAUCUUCUACAGCCUGCUUAUUGGAUAUUGAAAAAGCUGUCAUUUAUUUUAGUUGUGUCAAGUAUUUCCAAAAUUUUGGGGUUUUUUCCUCCCUUGCCAGUGGACCUCUUUUCAUCUUAUUACUAUGUUGAAUCAAGUAAAAGAUGUACUUUUGGACAAAAUAAAAUAGCCCACAGCUUACUGUAA